AUGGAGGAACCAGCUGAAAUGGUGGGAAGGGCAUUUGUGGAUCAUUACUACCACUUGUUUGAUAAUGACAGGGCUUCACUAUCUUCUCUGUAUAGGGACACCUCCAUGUUGACCUUCGAGGGACAGAAAAUUGCUGGGGCCACUGAAAUCUGUUCCAAGCUCACCCAGCUGCCGUUGGGUGAAUGCCGGCACGUCAUCAGCACCAUCGACUCUCAGCCGUCGUCUCCCACCGGUGGCGGCGUUGUUGUCUUUGUCAGCGGCAGCCUCCAGUUGGCCGGAGAGGAGCAUCAUCUCAGGUUUAGCCAGAUGUUUCAUUUGAUUCCAACAGCAGAAGGACGCUUCUAUGUGCAGAAUGAUAUAUUUCGUCUCAGCUACGGUUAAUUUCAAGUUUGAUUCGUCAUUGACAGUGCCAGCUGCUUCUGCUUUUGUUAUUUGUCUUCUGGGGGAAAAAAAAAAAAUUGUGAUUGUUCCUUUAGAGUUCUGGGAAUCACAAUAUUGUGAUUUCGUUUCCUUUCUGUGAUGCCUUCCUGGGAAUGUGACCAGAAAGCGUAAUGCUUCAUAUUCUCCGCUGCAUCCGUUAUUUAUCUUUUUAGCAAUUUGAAAAAGAUUCUUCAUUGCUCCUCUUUUUCUUGUCUUGUCAUUGGGCUUUCUUCUUCUUCCUUGUAAUCCUUUCUCAGAAAUGUUGCUUGGGCCAAGACUUGCACGCAAA